AUGAAGAACCCCUAUGCUUUCCCAUUGCAACCAGAGCAAUAUGCUCCAGCUCCUGUCCCUUCGUUAGCAGAAUGGAAGCAGCUCUGGCAUGUCUGGGAACUUGUUACUACCAAGAUGAUACGCCCAGAGGCAUUGAUGGAACAGCCCAUUCCUUUGAGAAACCCACUGCUGUUCUACCUCGGCCACAUACCUACAUUUGAAGACAUCCAUUUGACAAGAGCGGCCAAAGGCAAACCAACUGAACCAGCUUAUUAUCAUCAGAUAUUUGAGCGCGGUAUAGAUCCCGAUGUUGAUGACCCUUCUAAGUGCCACGAUCAUAGUGAGCUUCCAGACGUGUUCCCCAAGUUGGAAGAUAUCCUGCACUAUCGUGAGCGCGUGAAGAGGCGAAUCGCAUCGCUCUACGACAAUGGGAGAGCUUAUUCAGAUCGGUGCAUAGGACGCGCUCUUUGGAUAGGAUUCGAACACGAAGGCCUUCACGCUGAGACAUUUCUCUUCAUGACAAUCCAGAGUCAGAACAUUUUGCCUCCUCCUGAUAUACCUAAACCUGAUUUUGUAAAGCUUGCAAAGGCGGCUGCUUCGCGACGAAUCGAGAACCCAUGGUUCAAAAUUCCUGCACAGGAAUUCACCAUAGGCUUCCAUGACCCUGAAAGUGAUGAGGGUCUAGAUCGAUUCUUUGCGUGGGACAACGAACGCGAACCAUACGAAGUCCGAGUCCCGCAACUCGAAGCACAAGGUCGACCGGUGAGUAACGGUGAGUACGCAAGACAUCUGUUCAACCUUGAACAGUUGCAAAUCCCAGCAACGUGGCACAAGACACGCAAUGCUGGAGAGGAUGAAGAUUUCACUACGUUCAUCGUCCGUCACAGCGUCAAAACCGUUUGGGGUCCAAUUCCUCUGGCCCAAGCACUAGACUGGCCUGUAAUGGCCUCUUUUGACGAGGUUAAGCGAUACGCUGAGUGGGCUGGAGGUCGCCUGCCGACGCUUCAUGAAUUACGUAGUAUCCACGAAUAUGUUGAGCGUGGACGGAAGGCACCUGCGAGUCAAGUCAAUCAUCAAUUUCACAUAGACCCUCGCGCCAUCUUUGUUGACUUGGCAGAAACGAAUUCUGGAUUUCGAAACCUCAAUCCUGUAGGCAUCACCCAUAAGGACUAUCUUUGCGGAUUAGGUGACACUGGAGGAGCAGCUGAAUGGACGGGAUCUUUGUUUGAGCCACAGCCUGGAUUCAAGCCAAUGGAUAUUUAUCCCGGUUACAGUGCCGACUUUAUGGAUGAGAAGCAUAUAGCAGUAGUUGGAGGAAGUUGGGCGCUGCACCCACGCAUUGCUGGUCGGAAGAGCUUCUUGAACUGGUGGCAGACAAAGUAUCUCUGGCCAUGGGUGACAUUCCGUCUUGUACGAGACGUUGAGUAG